AUGGCGUACACACAUCAAGACUCCCCUUCCACCUCCCCUGACCCGACCUCACUCCCUCCUCUCCCUCUACCCGAGGGUGUAACCUCUCGUUUCGUCGACACGAGUCCUCAUAGCCUCGUUUUCCACGUUCUUGAGUCCCUUCCCUCAAGACUCUCUGCCGCCGCCAACACCAAACCACCCCUGAUCAUCUUGUGCCAUGGGUUUCCCGAGAUCGCAUAUUCCUGGCGCAAGAUCCUUCCCUUGCUCUCAGCGAAGGGAUACCACGCUGUGGCUUUCGACCAGCGCGGAUAUGGUCGAACCUUUUCGCGCCAGCCUUUGGCCGCUACGUCGUUCAGCCCAACGGCCCUGAUCAAGGACACGAUCACGCUCGUUAGCGCACUGGGUUACACCCACGCCGCCGCCAUUGUAGGGCACGACUUCGGCGCCGUGACAGCAACGUACUGCGCGCUCGCCCGCCCGGACAUCUUUCAUCGUCUCGUAUUGAUGUCUCAUCCUUUCGCAGGUCCACCGUCUCUGCCCUUCAACACGUCCCCCUCUUACGAUGGCCAAUCUACUACUACAACUAGUACUACCACCACUCCAUCAGCGGCAGCAGCACCGGCCAACGAAGGAGGCGAUGAGUCAAAAGGCAAAGGCAAAUAUGGCGAAGUCGACAUUCACACAGCCCUCGCCCAACUCGCCCGCCCUCGCAAACACUACAAGUGGUACUACUGCACGCCGGGGUCCAACGCCGAGAUGACCUAUCCCACCGGCAGCGCUCUGCACGACUUUCUUCGGGGCUACUUCCACCUCAAGUCGGCCGACUGGGACGGCAACUCCCCGCAUGCACUCGCAGGGUGGACGGCGGCCGCGCUGGCCCAGAUGCCACGGUACUACGUCAUGGACCUGGCCGACACGAUGCGCGAGGCCGUGGCGCGCGACAUGGCCAGCGAGGACCCCGACGUCGUGACAGCCCGCGCAGGACGAUGGCUCCCGGACCCCGAGCUGGCAGUCUAUGCGGACGAGUGGGCGCGCACGACCUUCCAGGGCGGCUUGAACUGGUACCGCAUCCAGACGGUGCGCGAGAUCGCCGCCGAAAUGACCCUGUGGAGCGGUGCGAAACUCUCCGUGCCGACUGUCUUCGUCUCCGGGAGCAAGGACUGGGGCACCUUCCAGGAACCCGGCGCCGUCGAGGCCAUGGAGACGGGCAAAAGUGUGAAAGGGGGAAUGUACAGAGGGACAGUGCUCGUUGACGGGGCCGGGCACUGGGUCAAUCAGGAGCAGCCCGCGAGAUGUGUCGAGGAGAUUCUGGGCCUGAUUGAUGCGACGUCGUCGGCAUGA